CGUGAGUUAUCAUGGAGUUUGUGUUUGAAGGCUGCUCUGGCACCUCACUGAAAAGCUUCCAAGGUUCUAACAGGAGAGAAUAUUGCUCCUGUACCUCCUCCCCAAUGGUAGCGAGAAAAGGGCACGUCCCAGGUGGUGAGGGUGCUUAGUGAUGGAUGCCACCUUCUUGAAGCACCACCUCUUGAAGAUGUCCUUGAUGAACAGAACAACUUGGUCUGUACAGGAAACAUUUGACUGUGGAAACAGGAUCCAGGACAGGAACUCACUGCUUUCACACCCGAAGUUUCAUAAUCCUCUUUGCUGCUUUGGGAAUUUUGAAUUUCUUUGGGACUUGUAACAACUCUGAAAGCUUCAAUUUAUCCUCAAUACCCACAGCCAGCUAUGAAAUGAAACAUUUGUAGUUUGAUGGGAACUGAUAAACUUUGAUGAGAAGGACCUUUUCCCAUAUCAAGUUGACCAACUCAUCUAUUGCUGUAGCACAAGGAAUGCACUGCUAUGGCGACAGCAGUCGGACAAAAUGAACUUGUAUUUGAGUUUGCAAGUAAUGACAUGGAAAAUGCACAGGAGGUUGGUGGGUCGUGUAUUUUCCCUGCAGUCAUUGUGGAGCAAGUACCCAAUGCAGACCUGUUACAGGACUAUUCUGGUCUUGCUUGUGAUGAAGAAACAAAUGGAAUGAUUAAUGACAGUUCACUGGAUGUUGUUGAAGAACAAGUUAUUGGAGAGGAGAUCACAGUUUCAGUGGAGGCUUCAUGUCAGAAUGGAGAAGAAUCAAUGGAAACAAUUGAGGCUGCUGAGGCCCUGCUCAAUAUGGACUCACCUGGUCCUGCCUUAGAGGAAAGGAGAAUAACUCAUGUGUUCAUGCCAUCAGCAAGUGGGGUGAUCACGGCUCCCAUCACACACAUCUCUGUGCGGGCAGAUGGAGUUCCUGAGGUGGUGGAGAAUGCAGAAGAAAUUAUACUGAUGGAGGAAACUGCCCAGCAGGAGAUUGCUAGUGAAUCAUUGGAACAGACUAAAAAAAGAAAAGGGCGAAAACUGAAACCACCUCGUCCAGCUUCACCAGUGGCAAAUCCAGACUUCCCUGUAAAAAGGAAAAAUAAAGAUGGCAAAGGAAACACAAUCUACCUCUGGGAGUUCCUUCUGGCUUUGCUCCAGGACAAGAAUACGUGUCCCCGAUAUAUCAAAUGGACCCAGAGAGAGAAAGGCAUCUUCAAACUGGUUGAUUCGAAGGCUGUGUCCAGACUGUGGGGUAAACACAAAAACAAGCCAGACAUGAACUAUGAAACCAUGGGCAGAGCUCUCAGAUAUUAUUACCAAAGAGGAAUCCUUGCCAAGGUGGAGGGGCAGCGCUUAGUCUAUCAGUUCAAAGAGAUGCCCAAGAAUCUCAUCUGCAUUGAUGACGAUGACCCCAGUUCUAUUUCUGAAGCCCGGGAAAAUCCUCCAAAACUCACGACGUACAAGCUUCCCACUGCUUCAGAAACACCCUCAUCUGCAACAGUCCUGCCAUCAGUAGUCACAAGUUGUAUCCAAACUCAGAAACCCAGGGUUGCUUCACAUGUGAUGUCCAGUGUGAGGGAAGCUUCACCCCGUCCCUCUACUGUAGUCAGGUCAAUGAAGGCAACUUAUGAUGGAGAGGCUGAGCAAGGGUCGGUGCACCUGCUGUCACCAGAAAUGUUGAAGGACGUUCAGCCCCUUCACAAAGUGCAGCAACCCAGUGUCCUCAAGACUGUGCAGGUGGUACACUCGGCUCCGCCUCACCACGAAGAGCAGAAGGUCACCGGCAGAAACGUCCCAUUUUCAGCAUCGAUGACUCCGUCAACACAGUCAGUGAGAACCAUAAAGACUCCAUCACAGGUUCCAGUGGUUGUAUCACCAGGGGCUCAGCGACUCGGUACUGUUACAUUGCAAACUGUCCCUCUCACGACUGUGAUCACGAGCACUGAUUUAGCAAUGUCCUCUCCCAAAUUCAUUUUCCAAACAGUUCCAUCUUCCCAUCAGGGGACUGUGCUGAAAGAAAACUUCACCUUGCAAGGGGACUCGCUCAUUGCAAAAAUAGUCACACCCUCCUCUCUUGCUGUCCAUGGUGCCAGCAGUCAGCAGGUUCUUCCAACCAGCCCACAGCUACCAGAUAAUACAACACAAGCUGUGUCAUUGUCCAACACAGUAGGUGCGGCCACUCCCGUGGUGACCUUUGCAGCUACCAGUCAGCAGGUUAUGAGUCAACCACAAGGCACAGUCUUCACAUCUGUGAUCAAAGCACCAGAAACCAAGCAACCUGUCAUACAGACUGCGGCCAAGCAGGAAGAUCAGAAAGGGGCCAUGGGAACCAGCCAGCAAAGUGAACACAGAACCCAGCAGUCCCACGUAAUUGUGCUCACAAACACGGCAAUGCUUCCUAAUCAGAUGCUGUUUGGAGCAGGGGAACACAGGGAAGUGGACACACAGUGACGCUGCAAGGUUUCCCUUCCACGCUUCCUCAUCUCCAUUCCCAAUUCUUUUUAAAACUAGAGCUACAAAAAAUAAUUUCUGGGUGGUCUACUUGAAGUAAUGCUCAACUCAACCUGUGCUUAGUUUUAAUGUUAUAUAUAGAAGGUUACAGGGCAAAGGUGCUACUAAACUGGAGGCAAGGGCAGAUGUUAAAAAAUAUAAUCUUAAAAGAUGCAUUUGCUCUUUUAGAUUUUUUUAAUUUCUGGAUGACUUUGUUAUUAGAAGAAUUUAGAGCUUUUUCAAACCUGAGUUGCAUUUCUUACAAUUAAAGCACACUACGCUACAGAAACUGUAAUUAUAGAUCAGCAGCCUUUUGUGGAUUGGCACAAUAUGGCCUUUGCAAUGGAAGUGCUGAUAAACUGGCACUGGGAUUGUUUGUGCUGAAUAUUGUCCCUGCUGUACAUGAAAGCUAUCAGUUCAGUUGAAUCUAAAAGGCAGCUCUUUUAAUACUUAGAUCCACUUGAUUAAGCUUAAUUUUUACUUAAUCAUUAAGAAAACAAUUUUUUUUUUCUGUUGGAUUUAAAAAGAAAGCAGAAUAUCCAGAAUAUUUGGCUGACUUGUUUCACCAUGACCUUCAUUCUUCUCUCCCUAUUCUAAAUUGUACAAACUUUGCUAAGAAUCCAAAGGAAACAGUAUUUGCUUAUUAGAUGGGCUUUUGUCAGUGGGAUUUUUUUUUAAAAGAAAUUAUCCAAGGGCUUUUUAUUUUGUAGCAGGAACCUUCAGCUCCACAGUGUAAAUAGUAAAAGAAAACUUUUCUUUGGUUUUGUAAAUAAUGUAUUUUGUGUUCUAUUUUUGAGGUUGAAAGAAUAUUUGAAAAUUCCGAUUGCCAGCCCUUUUUUUAAAAAAAGAGGUACAUUUUGUAUAGUUUUUGAGAGCUGAUGUUAAAACCAUGAUGUCUGCACUGGCAUUCUUAGAGUGAACAUGUGUUCAAGGCAAAAAAUAAAUAAUUUUAGUUGCUAUGUUUGUGUGUGUUUGCGAUUUUAGAUUGAGUAUUGCUAACAUUUGCUGUAUGGCAGAUGGAGUUCAUUGUAUUGCAAACUCCCAGUACAAAAUAGCCCUUACUAAUUCACAUCUGAAUGGUUAUAAAUAUAAUGUAUUUCUGUCUGCUCAUCUCCUUCAGUGGAGCAGAUUUUGCUGUCCAAAGGUACUUUUCCCAUUUCAUCAUUCUGCAAAUCAUUUAUUAAAAGAGAAUGUGGACUCUGCUGGUCUGCAAAGGUAUGACCUUCUGUACUGUUGUGUUAUACAUUAUUUGAGAUGCUUUCUUAUAAGCAUUUUGUCGCCCAAUUGUAAAUUGUACAAUUUUCACUGAGGUAGUCUUUGAUACUUAGUCUUCGAUACUUAGUCUUCCUCUAGUUUCUCUCCUCCAUCACCAACUGAAUGGUUCCAUCCUUAAUCCAGAAAUUGUUACAGAAUCGCCUGUAGAGACCUUUUUUUCUGUUCCUCUGUCUGAUGUCUCCUAGGAUCUAUCCU